AUGGUCUACCAGGGAGAGACCAGAGGCACUCAGAGCUCAGAACCAUCGUCCACCUCCUCCACCUGGAGAAGGACCAGCGAGGACCAGGACCAUGUGGGCAGGGUGCAAAUCUGUCAGGAGAAGGACCAGCGAGGACCAGGAUCAUGUGGGCAGGGUGCAAAUCUGUCAUCAGAGAAGGACCAGCGAGGACCAGGACCAUGUGAGCUGAGAGAGAAGGACCGGCUAGGACCAGGACCAUGUGGGCACAUAGAGAAGGACCAGCGAGGACCAGGACCAUGUGGGCAGAUAGAGAAGGACCAGCGAGGACCAGGACCAUGUGAGCAGAGAGAGAAGGACCAGGACUAUGUGGGCAGAGAGAGAAGGACCAACGAGGACCAGGACCAUGUGGGCAGACAGAAAAGAAUCAGCAAGGACCAGGACCAUGUGGGCACAUAG